AGUCCUGUGGCGCUAUUGGAGACGUGCCAAAUGGACAAGUGGAUUAUUCUGAGGGGAUUCAGUUCGGCGACAAAUUGACAGUCACCUGCGACCCUGGUUAUGAUUUGGUUGGAAAUCCGAUAAUCCAGUGUGGCCACGAGGGCUGGAUGGGCCGGCUGCCUGUGUGUGAAGCUCAAGCUCAGGACUGCUCCAGACCUGUGGGAGGAGCCAACAUGGAUCUGAAGGGCGACGACAUACUUUUACAAACUUUCCCCGACGGGAUAAAAGUUACGUUUGCUUGUGAUGUUGGCUACGAGUCUGUUGGAGGAUCUGCAUCCAUCACCUGUACUGCUGGAGCCUGGAGCCCUUUGAGGAUGACAUGUGAAAGGAAGUCCUGUGGCGCUAUUGGAGACGUGCCAAAUGGACAAGUGGAUUAUUCUGAGGGGAUUCAGUUUGGAGACAAACUGGAAGUCACCUGCAACCCUGGUUAUCUUUUGGUUGGAAAUUCGAUCAUCCUGUGUGGCAGCGAGGGCUGGAUGGACCGGCUGCCUGUGUGUGAAGCUCAAGCUCAGGACUGCUCCAGACCUGUGGGAGGAGCCAACAUGGAUCUGAAGGGGGACGACAUACUUUUACAAACUUUCCCCGAGGGGAUAAAAGUUACGUUUGCUUGUAAUGUUGGCUACGAGUCUGUUGGAGGAUCUGCAUCCAUCACCUGUACUGCUGGAGCCUGGAGCCCUUUGAGGAUGACAUGUGAAAGGAAGUCCUGUGGUGCUAUUGGAGACGUGCCAAAUGGACAAGUGGAUUAUUCUGGGGGGAUUCAGUUUGGAGACAAACUGGAAGUCACCUGCGACCCUGGUUAUGAUUUGGUUGGAGAACCAGAUUCCAUCGUCACCAUCCUGUGUGGCAGCGAGGGCUGGAUGGACCGGCUGCCUGUGUGUGAAGCAAACGGGUUGAUGCUGCUGGUCAAUAACUACUGGAUGUAGAGACGAUCAGCUGAUCAGUGGAUGUCUCCGGACACGUCUGAAUGUCUCCAUGUUCCUCGGGACGGGAUUGGCCGACGGAGACGCUCUGAAGAAACAUUUCUGACCGCCUGAGACUCAGAAACUUCAGGAACUUCAAAUCAACCCUUAGCUUCUGCUUUUAGCGACUCCUUUCCGAUUAGUUGACGACGUAAAUUCCCGACAUUCAAAACGACUUUUUCUCUAUUCUGCAUUUGUCCUUGUUAUGAAGGGAUGAGGCUUCUGUUGAUGAAUACAUGUUGCACUGAAGCGUAAGAAUGACUGCAUGCACCUUAAACGCAGCUGGCAGAAAUCUGAAGGGUAACCACUUUAAAUCAAUAGUUUAGAACAAAAAAUCACAACCUUUUGGGAAACAAAUCAUUAAAGAGGCCGAGAACCGGUUCCUCAAGUCUUAAGGUGCGUUCACAGCGGACGCAAAGAAGCCCAACUAACGUGACUCGUUAGAUGUAGACGUGUAGAUAGAACCACAACAAUAAGACGUUUGCUGUGAUUUGAUUGUAACACAGGGAUCAAGAUGAUGCCGAAAUAACAUCACACUGUAGUAAAAACAUGAAUGAAUGCUUUUGGAGAGUGUGCUUACGAGACACUUUAAAGUGCUUCUGGUCAGGCUAAGCUAACAGCUCCUCCACACUCUCAGUCCCGUCCUGCAGACAGAAAGACAGACCGUAUCCUCCACAGACAGUCUGGGGUUUGUACAUUCAGAACCUUCCUCCAGUUUCUGAGCAGAUAUGAGGUGUGCUAACGGCUAACGGCUGCUUUUUGGUUUCUAAUUCCCCUCCAUCAGUGACGACAGGCUGAGAUCCUCACCACUGAUUGGCUCUAAGAGACAGCGUCGUGAGAAUUUGAAUAAAGAGGCCUGAACGCUUCCUCUACCCGUUUCUUUGCAUUCACUUCACGUGUAACUGCGCGGCUCGUGUGAACGCAGCGCUCAAACAUCACCUUUCUAGACCAAGCACUGGUUUCUGUCGUCUAGCUCAGUGCCUGAACAUAUCACAUCCUCCAUACGCCUUGAAGCAGAAAGACAGCUGUGAGUGUUCAAAGUAAAGCAUAUCAUUAUCCAUAUUUAAUGUUGCUGCAUUGUGUUGUGUAGCAAGAACUAUUCCCCAGAGAACAUUUAUUUAAUUACUAACUCAAGUCUUUGGUUUGAUAACAACAAGAGAAGUACUUUACAAGUAUUAGUACGCAGGCGUCUGUCUGUAUACACUGUGAUCUUUGUAAUAAUCAUUUUGCACUUCCCUGCUUAUUAUCUUUAUUUAUUUUACUACAAUGUGUGUCGGAACAUCUCGGAUUUAUUUUGUGUUUUGAGGCUUUUAUUUUAACUUUUGUAAUCAAUUAAUGAAAUAAAGCAGAAGAGGCGACGUUGAUGUCUUUA